AUGGUCGAUACAGAAGUUCCCGUUGGAAACGGAUCUGUAUCCAGUGCAAGGGCCAACAAACGGCGUUCACAGCUACGGAACCGUUCCGAGCACAAAAGUGACGUUUACGCCAAGAAAUCUGAACUGUCCAAUAGUGACGUACAUUUACCUCUGACCGAGAUCAGGCUACGUAGCCACGAGUGGUUUGGAGAGUUUAUUACGAAACACGAAGUUCCACGUAAAGCGUUCCACUCGUCUAUCGGCUUUAUCACGAUGUACUUAUACACAAAGGGGCUCGAUUACAAGAAGGUGAGAGACCCGCUCAUUUACGCGUUUUGCUCGAUUUUCGUUUUGGAUCUGAUACGGCUUCGAUGGAGUGCGUUCAACAAGCUGUACUGUCGUGUGGUCGGAGCCUUGAUGCGUAAACGUGAAAUUCACUCCUAUAACGGGGUGCUGUGGUACCUUUUGGGCCUGAUAUUUGCAUUCAGUUUUUUCUCGAAAGACGUGGCUCUGAUCUCUCUGUUUUUGUUGAGUUGGUCCGACACGGCCGCGUCCACCUUUGGUCGUAAAUUUGGUCAUUUGACCCCCAAAAUUACUGGCAACAAAUCCCUUGCAGGUUCCUUGGCCGCUUUCGUCGUUGGGUUUCUCACAUGUUUGUUGUUCUACGGCCAUUUUGUCCCACACUAUUCCUAUGUGAACAAACCGGGCGAAAUCGAGUGGUCCCCCGACUCGAGCGCGCUGAACCUACUGCAACUCUCGCUGUUGGGCGGAAUUGUAGCCUCCCUCAGCGAGGGAAUCGACUUGUUCAAUUGGGACGACAAUUUUACGAUCCCUGUGCUGUCGGCCAUUUUCAUGCACUCCGUGAUCCGAAUUUUUCGCAUUUAA